AUGAACCCGAUGGACCAUGAACAACUCGGGCACUACCUGCCGUCCUCUGAAACCACCCACCAAGCUUUCGACUCACGUUUAUGGCGGCUUACUGGCCAGGGAGUAGCGGAGAGGCUGGCUUUCGCCCCGCGCUCGGAAAACAUUCCUUUUUCCCAGUCUUGUGCUCGUCUGAUUGGCGCAGUCCUCGCGUCGUUGGCAGUAGCGUACUUGCUGCUGAUUUGCUUUCGGCCUGUGGAGGCCUGGAGGCAGUGGGCCCCAGUCCCUCGCUCGCUCGCAGCUCUAAGAAAUGAACCUUGUUUAGGCAGCAUGCGCGAGGAUGGCAGUGACGAAGAGGAGCACGAGUCCGCAGAAAAGUGGACAGAGCCUGUAGUGCAGCGGCGCUUUGGGAGCAGCAGCUCCUCUCUGGAUCGUCAGGUUUCCGAAUCCCAAGAGCCAGAAGAACCCGCCGCAGGGCCAGAAGAAAGCGCGGCUAAAGAGGACUCCGCCGAGGCGAAGAGCUCCGCAAAUGCUGCUGGGGACUCCCCUUCCGCAGAAAGCAAAAGGGAAGACGACUUGGCCUUGUGGGAAGACGGCCAGCUGCCCCCCACGGAGAGGGGCUACGUUGGCUGCCUCUUCAACCGCAUGUACAAGGCUGCGAAGCUCUGUGGGCAUCUGCUGCCAGCUCUGUCUUGCAGGCAGCGCCUGCUGCUGGCCUCGCAGGUGGUGAUGCUGGUGGGCGUGGACUUGGGAGCUUUUGCGCUGGCCAAGGUCGAAGUGGUGCCCACAAGAGGCACUGUUGGCGACGCGGCCAUCCACUUGCUGCGGCAGUCCCUCGAGUGCAGUGGGGAGGAGAAGGGCAACGAGGGCCUCCGUCUUGGCGUGAUGCAGUUGAUGGUGUUGAUGAGUUCUUUGAAGCUGCCCCGGCAGUUCGAGGGGGGAAAGAACACUGCCAAGUUCCGCAGGAAAAUGGUAAGCAUACUCGGGACUGCGGACGUAGCUCUGAAGAGCUGCCUGGGCGUCUUGGGAGGCAUGCUGCGGCUCAAGAGAGAAGUGUCAACGAGCACACUUCCUCUGGAAGCUGUGGAGCAGCAGCUGAAUGUUCUGAGGUCCAUUUACCGAGUCCACGCCGACCACAUUGCGAAGGACUGUCUGCUGCGCGCGCAAAUCGUGGAGUGUCAGAAGCGCACUGGGGUGUACGCGCUGCUGGGGCCCCAGCAGUUCUUGGAAGCCAAGUCCAGAAUUCUCCCAAUAAAGCAACUUCGAGACAUGAUCCGAGACGCGGUGACUGCGGCUGGCGGGCUUCUGCCGUUCCAGCGGCCCGUUGCAGAGGAACUGAGCAAUCCUAAAGGCGCGGCGGAGGGGCGCGGAGAACGGAGAGGUUCCUACAGGGAGUUCGACGAACACGUGAGCAGCAAGUCGCUGCAAGAAGAGUUCGCGGAAGCUGUGCGCUGUUCUUUUGACCCCGAAACUUUGCUGCUGCACGACGCAAUGAAGGCAGAGGCUUCACGAACAGUCAGACCUCCACCGUGGCGAGUUGGGCAGCUGUCUCAACAAGGAGUUGGACCGGCUUUGCAGCCCCCACGUGCACUUCAUUCCUCCGAGGCUGAUCGUGACAGGGGGCCACACCUUGUCCCUGCAGAUGCCUUUCUGUCGGCGGUGGGUCUGUCAGUCUUUCGGUCACGGACAGCAGAACAGGGAGGUUGGAGUGGCCCGCUGUAUGCUUCUUGUCUGGAUAAAUCCUCACUGAGGCCCUUAAAUCUGUUAGCGAAGCUUGACAGUUUCCCCGACUCUGCUGAUCGCUCAUCAGAACAGCACGCUUCUGCUGGUCGCAGGGCUGGAGUGCAUUUGGCGCGAUUCACCGCGCAGCCUCCGACCGGUGUAGACUGCAAGCUCACUCUAAUGAGAGACGCGCCACUACGAGCGGCGGAUGGCCGGACAGUCAAUGAGGAGAAAGCGUUUACAUUCGCGGGGCGUACUGUCAGGACAAAGCAGGGUACAGCCAUCCGCGUGACUGUACUCGAAGUAAGCGCGAAUAAAAUGCUAUAA